UCAGUUUUCAUGCUUUGCAUUUUCCAGGGUGGAGUGCUGGUGCUAUGGGUUACUCUGAAUUUACUGCUAAAAUGGUCGAUCUCGCUUGACCUUAAGGCCGUAGGAGUUUUUAUUUUAUUGAAUUUUAAAUGUACGUUUAUAUAUGAUUUUUUUUUUUUACCUUACAUAGAGAGGUUCUGACGUCACUUUCGCUUGGACUAGUGAUGCAGUAACAUCAUUAACGCGAAGGAACAGAAGAACACUUAUUCAUCCAACCAGGCACUCAUUUUCCAAAAAGGAAAAGUUGUGAAAUGAAGCUUUUCUUUAAUACGUUCCCUGUGAUCUUGUUUUUCCUCGACUAUGGUGUGUCUGGCGUUGGAUCAGAUGUAGUCCCAGUGUCUCUGAAGGAGGGAGAUUCAGUUAUUUUUGACACUGGUGUUAAAACAAAACAACAAGAAGAUAUUAAAUGGUACUUUUAUGACACUCGCAUCGCUCAGAUCAGUGGAGACCUCAUUCACAUCUGUACAGACGUUCAGUGUAAAGAUAGCGACGAGAGAUUCAGAAACAGACUUAAGCUGGAGAAUCAGACCGGAUCUCUGACCGUCAUGAACAUCACAAACACAGACUCUGGACUCUAUGAACUGAAGAUCAUCAGCAGCACAAGCAGCAGUGAAAAAAUCUUCAAUGUUACCAUAAAUGGUGUUUCUGAAAUGAAGACAAAGUCGGCGAAGGAGAGAGAAUCUGUUACUUUAGAAACCGAAAAAACGCAAACCCUAAAUCAUGGGAUGACGUGGUAUUUCAAUGAGACUCUCAUCGGUAAAAUCCCUGGAGAUCAGAGUAAGAUCUGCGCAGAUGUUAAGUGUAACGAGAGAUUCAGAGACAGACUGAAGCUGGAUCUUCAGACUGGAUCUCUGACCAUCAUGAACAUCAAGACUACAGACUCUGGACUCUAUAAACUACUGAUGACCAGCGUUGACGGCAGCUUCAGCAUCCUCCGAGUGAAGACACUCAGUGUUACAGGCAUUGAUUCAGGUCUGUCUUUAGUUGCUGUAGGAAUAUGUGCUGCUCUUCUUCUGGUGGCUGCUGCUGUUAUUGGUGUGGUUUACUGUAGCCGCAAGAAACAUACAUCGGUACCACAGAAUGACGAAGACGUUAAUAACUCGCAGUCGAACCCGGAAGACGUUUCUUUGAGUGACGCAGAACUUCCUUGAAUCAGACUCGAGGCCGAGGCAGCCAAUCCAAUACUUUCGUUGAAAGGGACAGUAAAACGAAUUAAAAAAAGGAAUUAAACAUAGUAACAUGUUAUUAGCAAUGGAACAGUAAGGGCUAUUUAUUAGAGGUUUAUUGAAGUGAUCCAGACAGGAACAUCCGUUUCUAGUCUUUGCACUAUAACUGAUAUCUGGUUCGACAUAUCAAUUAUUUGCUCUCGCCUGCAUCGAUUUAUAACCGACAGAACAGACUGUUUUUUAACAUUUACCUCACGAGACCAGGAUUUGGCACAAAGUCUUAACUGCUGGUAACUUUGACUAGUUUAACUGGUAUUGCUGCAAUUUCUGGAAAAGAUUGUAUAAUUUGAUCGCUAAUGUUUAUGGUGUAAUCAACACUAGCCCUUAGUCAUCGGUUUUCAUCGCGAUGCACUUACCACUGGGAAAAAAACACCCUUAAUAAGCUCGGAAAUGUUUUUAUUUUAAAGCUAGUCAAACACUUUGCAGCCAUUUUGUUAUGCUCGCUGCCAAUAACCGACACAAACUGUGGUAAACGUUGUUACUUAAACUUGAAAAAAUGUGAUAUUUGGAGGAAUGUUACAGAAUCAAAGUCGCAAUCAAAUCAUCUUGGACUUUUUAUGAGGUGCUACUUGUUCUUUUAUUUUGAGAUGUCUGGAUUAAACCGUAACAGAGUGUGUUGUGAUUGUUUUUUAUACUCAAUGAAUUAUUGUAUUUACUGUUAAUGUAACAGAUAGCCUUAAAAUUCCUGUAGCACUGAAGUUACCGUAAACCGCUAUGAAGCAGAUGCCGAUGUCAUACUUCUCCUACCUCUUAAAAAGUCUUCCUAAACACUAAAAAAAAUAAAGAAACAUGACAGAA